AUGGUGAAGAAUGCGAAUGAAGCAAACCGGAGAAAGGUUGUCGAUUCACUAGUGUGGGAGGCUCUUUGCAGGCAAAAAGACCCGGUGCUUGGUCCUUAUGGAGAGUACAGGAUGAUUUUUGAUGAGCUGAAGACUUACAAAAGUCAUGAGAACCAAACGGUUCCUUUGCAAGUUCAAAAGGGCAUGUGUUACAAAUCUCUAACGGAUUUGGUUGCUUGGAACUAUGAAACUAAUGGGAUUAGCAAUGGAAUGAAUGGAGGAAAUGGAAUCGCUACUACUGACAGUUUGGAUUAUGAUCUUCAGGUUAACGAAAACAUGAGAAUCGAUUCAGUCCCGCCAUAUGGUUAUCCUUUAAGUUGUGAGCAAGAAAUUGCAUCAGAGAAGAUAAAGCAAGUAAAAAUGGCUGCUGAUUCCAUUGUUGUACCAGUAGUACACCAGCAGGGGCAUUCUAUUAACAACAUUAAUCAGCAGUACUAUAUUUCAGGUCAACUUAAUCAAAUCAUUGGGAAGCCAUUAGAAAGGACUAUAUGGGAAGGAGGAUCAUAA